CUUAAUUUUCCACUCUUCCUCUAUAGGACAAUCCAUACGAAAAUCUUCUGGCAGUUGACUUGAAAAAACUAUUCGAUGAAUCAAAGUUGAUUGCAAUUUGUCACAAAAACAUGUUUGAAAAGGAAGAGGACUUACAUACUAAAAUCCGGUUCAAACGCGAAGGUAUGAUUUUAAAGAAUAGUUCGAAACACCUUUUAAAACUGGCAAUUGGGAAUUCAAAAUACGAGCCAAUUCUUCAGUUAUUCACAUUUCAUCAAACUAUUAUUUUUUCUCCGGAACCCAAAGUCGAUGUCCUAUUCAAAUUAUUGAAGAAGACACCAAAAUUGAUAUUGAUGGCUGGCAUUGUUGACGGCUACCUGGCCAGCGUGAAGCACCUGAACGACUGGUGUCGACUGCGUGACCUGGAGACGGCCAGGAGUGAACUGGUCUCGGUGCUGAACAUUGGCGCUCAGCGCAUUGUGGCCGACCUCAGUCAGCAGCAGCGGAUGCUAGUCGGUCAGUUGGAUCAGCAUGUCGCCAUCAAUGCUGACAAAGCAUCUGCUGAAGGUCAGCAAACUGGUGAUCAUGCUACGCAACAGAGUGAGGCCGGGGAUACGCAAACGGAGGCUGUGCAAACGGAAAGUCAGCCAAACGAGGCCGGUAAAUCAGCAGAGACCGAAAAUCAGCAAACGAGUGAGGCCGGUAAACCUGCACAGUCGGAAAGUCAGCAGAGUGAGGCUGAAAAAACUGCACAGGCGAGUAGUGAGAGCACAGACCCUACCAACAAAACUCCCGGUGAUACGUGAAUAUUAUAAAAGUGGUAGAGUAUUGUGUUUGUUAGGAAUAUAAUAAUUAUUAUCAAUUA